CCGGAAACAGCUGUGUAUCUUGUAUCUGACUCCACUUCCGGUCGGUGUCCUUCCUCCCCCUCUGCGUCGCUCUCCCCCUCUCUCUUAUUCAGAUGAUGGACACUCAGAAGGAAGCUCUGUGCAGGAUCAUCAGCACGUUGGCCAAUAAGAAUGAAGAGCUCCAAAGCUUCCUGGAGGCAGUCGACAACACACUGACCGGACUCCAGGAGGAGUCAUUAAAAGUGACUGCAGAGCUGGAGGCGGAGCUUGAGCACCUAAGCUCCGCCCUGGAGGAGAAGGGGGCGGAGCUGCGUGAUGCCAUUAAAGAGGAGAAGCAGAGGAAAGAGGCGGGGCUUCAGAAGCAGAUGGCGGAGGGGGGGGCGGCUCUGCUCUCCUGUGAAGAACUCCUCCAGUUCGCAAAUCACACGCUGACCAUCACCAACGAAGAAGAAUUCCUAAAAGCUGCGAAACAAAUCAAAGAAAGGGUAACCAUGGCUCCGGCGUUCCGGCUGACGACUCGUCUGGUGGCGUCGGAGAACAUGUCACAAUUUAAUGUUGACUUCAGCGCGGAGAGGGCGGGGCUUCAACGCCUUCACUUCCUACCAGUACCCAGAGCUCCGGAGAUCGACGUCUCCAGUUGUGUUGUCUGUGAUAAUGACAUCACUGUUGCCUGGCAACCGGCCGGUGAGGCUGAGGGCGAUGGCGGACAGCGACGCUACGAACUUGAGUACCGCAAAACGAACCGGGACGACUCGCUGAGGGCGGCGGGAGAUGCAUGCUGGGAAAAAAUACUUGACAUCAGUGACACACACGUCACCAUCUCAGGUCUGAAGUUUGAAACUCGCUUUGUUGUCAUUCGAGUCCGAGCGAAGAACAAAGCGGCCGCCGGCGAAUUCUCCGAGCCCGUUGUCAUGGAAACGAGAGCGUUCAGCUUCGGCUUCGACGCAGCGACGGCUCACGCUGAGCUGAAGGUUCAGGGCGACACUGUGACCUGGGAGCCGCAGGGGGUCAAAGGUCACGACCCCCGGCUGAGGGGAAAAGAGAACAAGAGCAGCAGCCGCAGCGCCACGCCGUCGCCCAAUAAGAACGCAGGAAGCCGAGCAGGACGCGACCGAUUCGCCGGAGAAUCGUACACAGUGCUGGGUGACAAGGAGAUGGCCGGCGGGUGUCAUUACUGGGAGCUCCGCCCCCUCGCCGACUGGAAGUCCUUCAGUGUAGGCGUGGCCUAUCGUGCCAGCCUGGGCCGCUUUGACCAACUGGGGAAGAGCUCGGGCUCGUGGUGCCUCCACGCCAGCCAAUGGCUGCAGAGCUCGCUGGCAGCGAAGCACAACAACAAGGCCAAGGCGCUCGAUUGGCCGCUGCCUCAGCGAAUCGGAGUCUACUGCGACUACGACAACGGUGACCUGUCGUUCAUCGACGCGGAGCGACGGCGCCUCCUCCACUCCUUCAAAACAAAGUUCAGCCAACCGCUGCUUCCUGCCUUCACAGUUUGGUGCGGUGGUAUCACCAUAGCAACAGGCCUGCAGGUGCCAAGCUUCAUGGGUAAUUUCCUUUCGACCAAUCAGAGCCUCAGCAACCUGUCGCAGUAGAUUGACUUCCUCACCUGCUUUCAUUUAGUUUUUGAUAAUUAUCAUUAAUUUAUUAAUUUUAUACAUUUGUAUUUAUUCAUUUUAAAUUAUAAUAUAUAUGUGCAUUUAUUUAUCAAAUAUGAACUGGAAUUAUAAAAUAAAUGUGACAUUUUAAGAUCUUUACUAUAUAAGAUAUUUUGAUUAUGGUUGUCUGCUCUGUUUUGACAGUUUGGACCUCAAGCAUCAUUUUAUUUCUGUGUGCUUUUACUUUGAAGAUGUGUUAAUAUUGUCUGUUUCCUCUGGCUUUUAUUUUGACUGAUUUUUUGAAACAGGAAAGCAGGAUCAGAAUUGCUGCUGUUUGCAAAUAGUUUAUUCCCCGGGAAAAUAAAGAUUUAUUCAAACUUUAAAUGUCAGAAAGGAGACAGCAAAGACUUAAGCGGCUUCCAGUAACGUGUUUUUAAAUUUCAGAAUCAUUUUAAAGAUCAGACAGCCAUCAGAAAGAAAGGCCUAUUUCCAUUAGCUUUUAUUUUGAAGGUUGUAACAACAAGCUGUGGAUUAUUAUUAUUAUUGAUAAGGAAGCUAUCUGUUGAGUUUGUGUGAAAUACUUUUAUGAAAUACUUGAAUAGAUUUUGUGUUGUGCAUUCCUACUGGAUUUUAUUUUGACGGUAAUAAUAGAACUUUUACCGGCACUUUGACCAAAUGACUGACUUUUAUUUUGAAAAUACAUUUUCAAAUUGCACUUUUUUAGAUUUUGCCCACAAUCAGGGUGGAAUUUGUUUUCCAUCAAUAAGAAGAAAUGUUGAUAUCGUACCUGGAAUUAAAGCUUAUACUGAAAAUAUUUAUUGAAUCAUAAACUAUUCAAAUCGUCUGUUUGAAAUGUUUUGUAUCAAACAUUUUGUCGAACUGUGAAAAAAUAAAAGUUUACACCUGUGGAGAA